AGCGACUUACUGAGCGAGAGAAUAGGAAUUAUAAGAGUAGUGAGGCCACUAUAGGAUGUCAUGAUAGACUAAGACGUGAAGAAAGAUCUGCACUGUCUGCCUGUUCAGACCCAGACAGAGGCCCAGCAGUCACACCCUGCAGCCUGAAGUAGAGAGGAGUGAGUGAGGGAGGUACUGUGUCUUGGCACACCAGCAACACACAGGACAUCCACAAACCAGAGAAAGAGAACAUGGAGACCCUCGUCAUCAAGAAUGAAGAGAAUACAGAAGAGAGUCAUCCCACAACUGGAAGCAAAGAUGUCACCACAUCCAUGAUAAACAUGUGGGAUCUGAACCUAAACCAGGAACAAGAGGAUCCAACAACAACGCACAAUAAGCCAGGGGAGAACACCCAGCCUCAGAACCAGGAACAAGAGGACCCAACAACAACGCACAAUAAGCCAGGGGAGAACACCCAGCCUCAGAACCAGGAACAAGAGGAUCCAAUAAGAACGCACGAUAAGCCAGGGGAGAACACCCAGCCUCAGAACCAGGAACAAGAGGACCCAACAACAACGCACAAUAAGCCAGGGGAGAACACCCAUCCUCAGAACCAGGAACAAGAGGACCCAAUAAGAAAGCACGAUAAACCAGGGGAGAACACCCAGCCCCAGGCAAUCUCUAGCGGGUUUACUGUCACCCCAGAAGAUGUGCUGUGUGACUCCUGCAUCGAGAUCCCGUGCCGGGCCCAGAAGUCCUGCCUCACCUGCCUGGUGUCGUACUGCGAGGCCCACCUCAGACCCCACCUGGAGAACCAGAGGUUCCAGAAUCACCGACUGGUGGAGCCCUUACAGGACAUCGAGUGUCGCACCUGUGAGGAGCACCGGCUCCCGCUUGAACUAUACUGCCUGACGGACGGCUGCGGUGUGUGUGUGUGCUGCGAGUGUGAGGUACAGGGGCAUCUGGGGCACAGUACGGUACCUGUAGAGGAGGCUCGAAGACAGAUCCAGACAGAGCUGCAGAAGAAACAAGGGGAGAUUAUGAAGACCGUCUCAGUGGCAGAGAAUGCCGUUGGCCAGCUACAGAGCAACACUGCAUCCAUAGAGAGCUCGGUGGCAGGGGUACGUGCUGUGAUGGAGCAGCAGUUCUACCUGCUGCAAGGGGCUGUGGAAGAGGCCCGGAGGAGGGCCACGGAGGUUCUGGAGGGGGAGCAGAGGCAGGCGCUCAGCCAGGCCGAGGGCAUCCAGGCCCACCUGGAGCAGAAGAGCCAAGAGCUGAAGAAGACCCUGGCCAGAGUGGAGAGACUCUUCAGGAACAAGAGGGACGUGGACUUCCUGCAGGAAUACUCAGAGUGGAAGACGGGGGCGGUGGAUGUCUGUCUGCCUGGGCUCUACGUCGGCCUCACAGAUCGCCUGGCCUCCUUCAGCUGCCUGCUCACUGAGUCCACCCAGGAACUGUGUGACCAGCUCAAGGCUACCUACAGAGACAAGCUGAAGGACAUCUGCAGGACUGAGAAACUGGGCAUUACAACCAUGGUCCAUCCCAAGAUGUCAAAGUCUUUUUCACUGCCUGAGCCUGAGAUGCGAGACGACUUCCUCACGUAUGCCAGCAGUCUGACCUUUGACCCAGACACUGUCCACAAGUUCCUGAGACUAACCGAAGACGACAGCAAGGUGACCAACACCACGCCCUGGCAGCACAGCUACCCAGACACGCCCGAACGCUUCGAGUACUGGCGCCAGGUGAUGACCUCAGAGAGCCUCUACCUGGGCCGACACUACUUUGAGGCAGAGCUGAGUGGGGAGGGCGUGCACGUGGGACUCACCUACAAGAGCAUCGACCGGAAAGGCGUGGAGAGAGGCAGCUGCAUCACAGGAAAUGACUUCUCGUGGAGCCUCGGAAGGGAGGGGCGGAGCUUUUCCACUUGGCAUGCUGAUAUGGAGGCGGUCGUGGAAGCCACAAGUGUGUUCACGAGGAUCGGCGUCUACAUCGACUUUGACUCAGGCUCAUUAGCUUUCUAUGGUGUGACUGACGUCGCUAUGCCACUCCUCUACAGGUACAAGGCUGAGUUCAUGGAGCCCUUGUAUCCUACUGUCUGGCUCUCAAAGAAGGACAGUGUGGUGUUAUUGGUUGGUCCUAAGGACCCCCCACUAAUGAAGAGCUCAACUCUGCCUGCCACCCUCAUCACUCCCAUGGCAACAUCAGCUCCUGUCACUCCGGAAUCAUAAUGCUUUGACUGCAGUAGUGUAGUUAGGUUAGAGAGGCGGACCAGUACACAUGUCUGUUUCUCACAAAUACAAUAAAGUAUCUAUUCUAUUCAUAAGCAGUUGCCUUAAGUGACUGAUACUGUACUUAUUUAACAGGACACAGCAUCAAGUAUCACAAGACAAGACAGGGACUUUACAGGGGGUGUCUGCACUCAACCAGGACCUAUAUACUAGGCGGUGUCAGAGGAAGGCCCAAAAAAUUCUCCAGACUCCAGUCACCCAGCUCAUAGACUGUUCUCUCUACUACCGCACGGCAAGCGGUACCGGAGCGCCAAGUCUAGGUCCAAAAGGCUCCUUAAUAGCUUCUAACCCCAAGCUAUAAGACUGCUGUACAAUUAAUCAAAUAGCGACCCGGACUUUGUUUUUACACUGCUGCUACUCGCUGUUUAUUAUCUAUGUACAAAAUUACCUCGACUAACCUGUACCCCCGCACAUUGACUCGGUACCGGUACCCCCUGUAU